AUGGCGCCGUCACGACAGCAAAAUUACUCCUACGUCGUGACAUAUAGCAGCAUCAAUUUCGCUUCGUCGUCAGCCCAGUUUGUUGGAUGUCUCAGCAACUAUCCAGCAGCUUCCGGGCCGACCACUGUUGUCGCUCGAAGUGGCAACACUGACCUGAACACCACGACCGUCACUGGACCUUUGACCAUGUGGGCGCAACCAUACUCCGUUGCGUACAAACCAGCCGACCUCACCCUCUUCACCACGGCCAACAACAGCCCUUCGACCAGCCCUACAGCCUCUCCCAGUCAAACCAGUGGCGGUGUUCCGCAAACAUCUACACCAGAUGCGUCAAGCUCCACAUCCUCCGCCGCUUCCACGGGCUUGACUGGCGGCGCAAUUGCGGGCAUCGUCAUUGGCACUGCCGCUGUGAUCGGUAUCAUCAUCGGAAUCGCAUUGUUCUUCAUUCUGCGGGAAAGAAAGGCGGCGAAACAGGAUGCGGCAGCAGUAUCAUCGGCCGCAGCGAAUGAGAAAGAUGCGCAGGCUGCAGGAUCGUGGAAUGGAAAUCAACAAUACAACAGCGUCCCUCAGUAUGAGCCUCCACAGGAGCCCCAGGAGCUGCCGACUUUGGGUUAUGGCAGAUCAAUACGACGCGCGGAAGCGCUGGCCAAUCCAGUCUCACAUGAGAUGCCUGUUGGACGGGAUCCGGUUGAGAUGGGCUAG